GUUAACGUCUUAUCGAAGAAAUUUUAAGAAUGCAGAAGCUCGUUUUGUUAUUGAUCGCAGGUCUAUUUGCAGCUGUAGUCAAGGCUGUGGAAAUACGUGGAAAGAUUAUUACUAACAAUGUCAUUGAUGAUGUAUCCAAACUAUCACCCUCCACAAGAAUAACACUUAAUGGAGCAUCCUCUAUUGUGAACGUUGAUAAAAAUGGUGAAUUUAUUUUCCCGAAUGUAGAAGCUGGUUCAUAUUUAUUAGAAGUGCAAAGUAUAGAUUAUCUCUUCCCCAAGCUACGCGUAGAUGUAAAGGAAGAUAAUCAUAUUCAUGCAACAUAUACAGCUGUUGGACUCGAUUGGAAUCAAAGAGGUCUAGCUUUGGGUUACCCAUUAGAGAUUCAAGCCAAGGCAGAAGCUGAAUACUUUGUGCACCGUCAAGGGUUCAAUAUUUUGGGUAUGUUCAAGAACCCUAUGUUCCUCAUGGUUGGAUUCAGCGGUCUUAUGAUGCUCGUUAUGCCAAAAAUGAUGAAUUCCCUGAAAAACAUGGACCCUGAUGCAGCGGAUGAUGUCAAUGAAUCUCGCUCGCAAGCUGAAAAAAUGCUUUCAGAUAUGCCGAGUUUACAACAAAUGUUCGCUAAACGUUAGAUUUUGCGAAAAAAAAAAGAAAAAAUCAUUUAUUGUAUUAACAAACGUUUUUCUGGAGGUGUUUUUUCUGCAAUUAUGUUUCUCUUCAACAUUAUUGGACAUCAACCAUAUUCAACUUUUUUGAAUGAAUAUCCCAUUGAUUGACACUAUUGAUAUAGUACUCAACCCGUUCCAUCAGAAUUUCAAGAGUUCUGGAGCAAGUAACUCCACUCAAUAAAACGUCAUAAUUUUUUGCAUGUACUUAGUACCUUAAUUGAAUUUGGGUACAGCUCUCCAUUAAGACGAUUUUCUUU